GACCCAGCCUAUGCCUCCUUCCUCUUCGAUGAGCUCCACCGCCUGCAGUGGCCCCAUCAUGGCAGCUGCAUUUCCUCCGACGCCCGCUGCGAUGUCUGCGGCACCCCUUUCCAGCAGCUGAGGUGUCUCGCUCUGCGUCGGGCACUGGGCAUCAGCAGGAAGAUGACGCCUCGCCCUGCCACACCCAGUGUCCCCACCACCCCUGCCUGCUGCCCCCGGGACUCAGAGAGCAGCUGGGGGGCUGAUGAGCUGCCGCUGAAGCAGCAGAGAUGGAUGUACGAGGAGCAGCAACAAGUGGGCGGGACACCGUGGGGAUGGGGAGGAGUACGGAGCACCUACCUGGGAGGGGGAGGAGUUAAAGGGCUUGCCAUAGUCACACCCCUCAAUGCACACAACUACCUGGAGGGGGUGUGGAGGGUGUCAUGCUGCAGACCAGAGCUUCAGCAGACUACGGGUCUGACUUCAGGUCCAGGUCAUGUGACCACGAGAAGCGCCACCACCCAGGACGUCCCGGUUAAAGCAGCGGCUCAGAGCAUCUCCACCCAAACCAGCCCGGCUCCGUCGGCUGCAGCCGCCUUCUUCAUCAGGGCAGCUCAGAAGCUCAGUCUGUCCCGCAGGAAGAAGUCCCAGCCGGGCCCCUCCUCCCCCCCCGACGAGGCCCCGGGCCCGCCGCUGGUCUUCACCGGGGGCUUCAGCGGAGCCCUGCAGCUCUCGCCUCCCGCCGUCCCACCAUGUCUGCUCCGGGCGGGGUCGAAGGUGAAGGACACGCCGGGGAUGGGGAAGGUCCGGGUGAUGGUCCGGAUCUGCUCGGUCCCCAGCGGCGAGUCCUCGGACUCCAUGUCCUUCCUGAAGGUGGACGGCAGGAAGAAGCAGCUCACGCUUUGUGAGACGGCCGGAAGCUCGUCUCAGAGACGAUCUUCGGCUGCGGCUCAGAAGACCUUCAGCUUCGAUGCCGUCUUCACGCAGGACGCUUCGCAGGCUGAGGUGUGUUCGGGGGCGGUGUCAGAGGUCAUCCAGUCGGUGGUGAACGGCGCCGACGGCUGCAUCUUCUGCUUCGGACACGCCAACCUGGGGAAGACAUACACCAUGAUUGGUCGGGAGUGCUCCACACAGAGUCUGGGCGUGGCACCGACGGCCAUCUCCUGGCUCUUUAAGUUGAUCGAGGAGCGCAGGGAGAAGUCUGGGGCUCGUUUCUCCGUCAGGGUGUCGGCGGUGGAGAUCUCCGGCCGUGAGGAGAUGCUCAUCGACCUCCUGGCCGAACUCUCCUCCUCAGCUGGAGCCCACCAGGAGGUCUCGCUGCAGGAAGACCCUCUUUGUGGAUCUCAGCUCCAGAACCAGACGGAGCUCCGGGUCACCUGCGCUGAGCGGGCAGCGUUCUUCCUGGAUGCCGCUCUGGUAGAGAGACGGAGCAACCGAAGGCCCAACGACCAGGAAGCCCGACGGAACUCGCACUUCCUGUUCACGCUGCACCUGUACCAGGAGAGGCCGGACAAGAGCAGCAAGGCAACAAUGUCAGGCAGGAGUCGUCUCCACUUCCUGGACCUGGGCAGCUGCGAGACGGACAUCAGCAGGACCAGAGAGGGAGGCGGAGGCCAGUGUCUGUCUCUAUCCGCCCUGGGAAAUGUCAUCCUAGCGCUGGCCAACGGAGCCAAGCAUGUUCCCUACAGGGACAGCAAGCUCACCAUGCUGCUCAGAGAAUCUCUGGGUAACAUCAACUGUCGAACCACCAUGAUCGCGCACGUCUCGGAUUCUCCGCUGAACUACCUGGAGACGCUGACCACGGUCCAGCUGGCCUCACGAAUCCACCGCCUGAGGAAGAAGAAGGCCAAAUAUGCUUCCAGCUCUUCUGGAGGGGAGAGUUCCUGUGAGGAAGGCCCUGCCCGUCGGCCUCCUCCUCUCCGACCCCUCCACCCUCGCAUCGUGGCUCUGGACUCAGAGACCCCCCUGCUUCCCUCCAGUGAUCCCGACUAUUCCUCUAGCAGUGAACAGUCCUGUGACACUGUCAUCUACAUUGGGCCUGGAGGGACAGCAAUAUCCGACCGAGAGCUGAGUGACAACGAGGGUCCACCUUCCUUUGUUCCCAUCAUUCCCUCUCUGAACAAAAAACGAGCCAAAGUCACACCCAGGAGAGACGGAGAUCACUUGAAGUGCAACACGUUCGCGGAGCUGCAGGAGAGACUUGAUUGCAUCGAUGGCAGUGAAGGUCUGGCAGCUUCUAAAGCCUCAGAGGAAACUCAUCCACCUGAAUCCCAGAGCACAAAGAGUCCUGAUCAGAGAGAAUCCAGACUCCUCUCAGACGGGACCCUACCAUCCUCUAAAAGGACAAGUGCUGAUGGUGAGAAGCUUACAGCUGCCCCCGUUUACCCAUGUUUGGUGGGGUCCAGCGGGAGUUUCUCCCUGGAUUCAGAGCCUGUGGUGCGUGAGAAAGUAAGAGGCAAACCCAAGCUGCAACCCUCACAAACCUCUGCCCCAACAUCUGCAACAGUCACGCCUGGAGAAGCUCCCAGCAGGACUCCCCCUGUCGGCAUGAGCUACCAGGUGCCAUCCGACACAUUUAGUCCCCCUCAUGUCAACAAAUACCCCAUGGAGGUCAGCGGUUUUCGUGCUGCUCUUCUAGGAAGGUGCAUGGACAGAGACUUCCUGAGGACUACAGUCACGCUGCAGCAGCCUGUGGAGUUGAACGGGGAGGAUGAGCUUGUUUUCACUGUCAUCGAGGAGCUUCCACUCAGCCUCAUUCCGGGCAACGGCCGCCCACCCAACCUCCUGAGCUUCAACGCAGAUCGCUCGCCGCAGGCCUUGACAACAGGCUCGCGACCAGUCAGCAUCAUCGCAAGCAUCAACGAUGAGUAUGAUGCUUACACUUCUCAGCACGGGGCUGAGGGGUCAGACUGCAGGACACUUGUUGGAAGUGAAGGCAGUGGUUUAACAAACAGGCUUCACUUCAGGGAGGAGACUUCAUCCGUUUUGAGCUCACCGAGUAUAUUUCAUAGAGAGAGAUUCCUGCAGCAUGGUCUGAAGAGCACAUUGAACGACAGCGGUGUCUGUUUCUCAGAGCUGGACAGUGACCCUGCAACUCCACAAAAACCCUCUUUUACCGAGCACUCUCCUUCCCCCGAUUUAGCCAAAGUCCCCUCCAAAGGCUCCCCUAAGAUGAGAGCCAGCACCCUGAACACCUCAGCAACAACCCAGAAUCCCCCAAAUACCACCCACUCAAGUCUUCCCAGAAAAAACAAACCUACCUCAUCUGCUGCUGUGGGUUGCAGCAGGCAGGAAGGAAGACACGAGAAUCUUUUGCUUCAGGGAAGCAGAUUCGUCGAUCCCAGAGAGGCUGGGGUUCUCUGUGAUGGUAAGUCAGUGAGAAGUGGCACGAAUACCAUUUCCUCUAGGAAAUAUGGAGGGAACAGCAACAGCAUGCCUAGACCUCCAAAGACGCAGAUAUCGUCAGCUCAGAGGGUUGUGGAUGGUUGUGAGAAGCCCACCAACAGGAGAGGAGACACCCUCAUCAAGAUGCCUCGACUCACUCGAGGUGCGACGACCCUGGGAACUGUUUCCACUCCCCAGAGCUCGGAACCGAAGUGGAGUCACGAGGCUGCCUCGGAGAUCGGGAUGAUAAGGUUUUCAUCACUCGGAAAAAAGUCAAACGAACAAAAGAGCAUGAUCUCUAAGUUUGGAUCUGAAAACAUCUCUCAUCUUAUUCCACCUUUCAGACAGUCCAGCCAAGAACAGAAAACAAGUUCUCCAAGUGCCUUAAAGACGAGCAGUGACGGUGGGAAGUUUGUUUUCCCCAAAACUUCAACCCCAGAGGAGGAAUUCAUUGUCAGGCUUCCAGCAGAUUCAUUCAGCCACAGGACAUCUAGCUUAAAAACUGAUCAUGGUUCUCUGAGGACAUCUUCCAGCCUGAAGACACGAGGAGCCAAAGCAGAUUCUUCCAGGUUUUAUGGGAGUUUAAUGUCUCUGGAAAGAUGUGACAGUCCACCAUCACCAAGCUCAAAAUCGGAGGUGUUUAAGGAUAGUAGCAGCAAGUCCAACAGAUCAGCACCAAAACUCAAUCUUCCAGCCUCAAACUCCACCUUGUCUUCUCAAGUUUCUUCUGCGGCUUAUGCAACCAGCAACAAACUGGGUCAGGUCCGAGGUGCUGUCGGAUCAAGAGCUGCUGCUUCUGGAGGACUGAAGGCUCGAUCAUUGUCAACCAGCAGCUCGAAGAGCUUUAGUUCCUCUCCCAAACCUUCAGAAACUCCAGCUGUGUACAGCACCGGCAGCCUUCCUCCAACCGGCAGAUCUCCUUCUCGAGCCGGAAACGGAGCUAAGCUGGGACGAGGCACCAUCAUGGGCACAAAGCAGGUCGUCAACAGGGUGGCUAACAGCCGGGUCAGCGAGCUAGCUGCUGGGAGGAAGCAGCUCAGCCGGGGACUCGGAGAAAGUGAGAGCUGCGACAGUGGGACGAGCAGCGCGAGCAGGUCGCCGCUCGGUACGCCGCUGCCGUCGCCCUACAGUAAGAUUACCGCGCCUCGCAGGCCGCAGCGCUACAGCAGCGGGCACGGCAGCGACAAUAGCAGCAUCCUCAGCGGCGAGCUGCCCCCCGCUAUGGGCCGCACGGCCCUGUUCUAUCACAGCGGGGGCAGCAGCGGCUACGAGAGCAUGAUCCGGGACAGCGAGACCACCGGCAGCACCUCAUCGGCGCAUGACUCCAUGAGCGAAAGCGGAGCGUCCUCGUCCAACAGAGGCCGGGUGUCCAAGUCCCCCAAGAAGAGAGGAAAUGGAGCCUUCCUGCGGCGGAGGCUGAUCCCAGCUCCGCUCCCUGAUGCCUCAUCUCUGGGCAGGAAGUGGGUGGACCUCCCCCCGGUGGGCGGGGCACUGAAGGAGCCGUUCGAGAUCAAGGUGUACGAGAUCGACGACGUGGAGCGUCUACAGAGGGGGAAGGAGGUGGGCUCCGAGCAGCCGUUUCAGGACGUGGAGAAGGGCCUGCUGUACUUCAACGCCCGGCUGAGGAUGCUGGAGAGGCGGCAGCAGCAGAUCAGGGAGCUGAGGAGCAAACACGAGCAGCUGAAGGUGGAGCUGGAGGAGGCCAAGGUCCGGCUGAUGCUCCAACCCAGCAGGUGGACCGGAGAGUUUGACGUGGACCAGGACUUGGACCGGGAGUCCCAAGAGUACCUGGAGGCUCUGGCUCAGGCGACGGCAGAGCUGGACGACUGCGUCAGCCUGUGCAAGUCCCGCCUGAUGAUGGAGACCUGCUUCGACAUCAGCAUCAGCACCGGCAGCAUGCAGGGGGGUCACCGGGGGACGUAGACGUCACGGCGUCGCUCGCUCGCUCCCGGGGAGGAAAACGUUAAAGAACUGAAGGUUCUGGAUCAGAUCUGUGAAGGAAGCUCAGGAAGUGCCUUUCUCUUUAUUAUCCACCCGAUUAUUUAAGUUUGUUUUCUCUUAUUUAUUAUUAUUUUGUAUUUAUUUGGUUAUUUAUGGUGCUAAUUCACUUUUUCUUAUGCAACGUGACUAAAAUAACAUCAGUGAGUUUUUAAAACAGAAUAAUCUGACUAAAGACGUCUGUGGCUCCUGCUGGUUUUCAGCUCCGUGAGUUUUCUGAAUCAGACAAAAGCUGGACUUCCUGCAGACCCAGAGGUGAGGAAAUGUUCUGAAGUCCUGAGAAUCUGCCUCCUUUUAUGUUUUGUUUUUUAAAUCUUUUGGUUGUUUUUACAUCUGGGAUAAACAAGCUGCUGGAAACGGAUCAGAAACAACCCGAAGGAACCGCAGAGAGAGAAAAACCCCAAAGACUCAGAUAAAAUAGUUGUGAAAAACUAGAGAUUUACCUGCAGAAUAUUUUACUGAGAACAAAAGAUAACUGAUCUGUUCGUAAACUCGUUGGUUUCUGUAAAUCUUUUAUACAAACUUCUGUAAAUAUGACUCGGAUCAAAAAAAGUCGAGACAUUAUGUAAAAUAUUCAAAUGUUUCAAACAGAACGUGAUGAUUUAUAAAUCUCAAACACACAUUUGAUUCACAGAGGAACAUGAUCAACCCUGCAGAAGACCUGAAAGGCAAGAAGGAAAGAAAAAAAAAUGUCUAAGUUUUGUUUCUCUUGACUUUAAGUCAUGCGGUGAGUAAAAAUAAAUAAAUAAAUAAAUAAAAUUCAAAAUCAAAAUAUUUUAAUAUUAUUUUACCCUGAAGGUGAACAUUAAAAAAUUGUGAUGUGCAAUUUUUUUUUUUAGCAAUUCUUUCAUUUCUACUACGGAAGAGGA